ACAAUCGCCUGGACCGAUGCAUUAAAUACAGUGCUGGUUCAUAAGUAUUUGGACACUUUUUUUAAAAUCAUAUUUCUUCUACUUAUCACAAUUGGAUCUAAAUUAGCAGUCAACAGUGAACAGAAUAGCAUCAAAACACACUGUAAACAUCAAAUAAACAUCUCUAGGACCCCUGGCCACAACUACAAGGCCCAAACUCCUCAAACAGCCCCACUUUGUCUUCAGGUCAAGCUAAAAACCAGCUAUAUUCAUACUGUAACAAUGAGUUGGUGAAUUAGUGCAAGCUUGGAGCCAGUGGGGUUCAAAGGGUUCAUUGUUCUGCAUGUCCAAACUACCAUUAUUCCACUUUUUUACAAACUCCAAGUGACCAUUAACCAUUUAAAAGAACUGAAGGAAAUAUAUAAACAAUUACAAUAUAAUGACCGUCACUUCCUGUAUAUUGCUUGAAUAAAAAGACAAUGCAUCUGACAUCUAGGAAUAAUCUACAUUUCCACUGAGAACUGAUUAACUGCUCAGGCAGUUGUUCAUUACAUGAUGAGUGGUGAAUAUAAAGCAGAGAAGACCUGACCACAGAGCACAUGGGCUAAAACAGUCAAUUCAGUCUAGAUGGAGGCUUUGGAUAUGCUGAAUGAAAAAUGUGCAGAAAAAGAGAAGCAUGUGGAGGUGGAGGAGAGAGGACACUGGGAAAAGAAGGUGGAGUUUCUCCUGGCGGUGGCGGGUAACGUCGUCGGUCUGGGUAACGUCUGGAGAUUUCCUUACCUGUGCUACAAAAAUGGAGGAGGAGCGUUCCUGGUGCCAUACCUUGUGUUUGUGGUGACGUGUGGCGUACCUCUGUUUCUGCUGGAGACCACCAUGGGUCAGUACACCCAGGAGGGAAGCGUCACCUGCUGGAGGAAGCUCUGUCCAUUAGCAGAAGGUAUCGGCUAUGGGGGGCUGCUGAUCCUCCUCUACACCUGUAUGACCUACAUCAUUAUUCUGUCCUGGGCUUUGCUCUUCCUGGUGUUCUCCUUCAGCUCUCAGCUCCCCUGGGCCAGCUGCAACAACUACUGGAACACAGAAAACUGUGUCGACUUCUCAGCAUAUAACGGCUCCUUUGAUUGGACCAACCAUACAAACGCAACUUCUGCUGCUACAGAGUUCUGGGAAAGACGAGUUCUUGCAAUUUCAGGAGGGAUUGAAGAGUUAGGAAGCAUCAGGUGGGAGACACUGUUGUGCCUGAUUACCAUGUGGAUCAUUUGUUACUUCUGUAUCUGGAAAGGAGUCAAGUCUACUGGAAAGGUGGUGUAUUUCACUGCUACAUUCCCCUAUGUGAUGCUACUCAUUCUUCUGAUCCGUGGACUCUCUCUUCCUGGGGCUCUACAAGGGGUCUUAUUUUAUCUCCUGCCUGAACCCUCACGGCUGACAGACCCUCAGGUCUGGAUGGAGGCUGGGGCUCAGAUUUUCUUUUCAUACAGCGUUGGUGUGGGAAUCUUAACUGGCCUGGGCAGCUACAACACCUACAACAACAACUGCUAUAGGGACUGUCUGUGGCUGUGUUUACUGAACAGUGGAACCAGCAUGGUAGCAGGGUUUGCAGUCUUCUCUGUGCUGGGGUUCAUGGCUCAUGAGCAGGGUGUUCCUAUUAGUGAAGUGGCUGAGUCAGGCCCAGGUUUGGCAUUUAUUGCGUACCCUCAGGCUGUAGCCCUCAUGCCUCUGCCCCAACUGUGGUCCGUCUGUUUCUUUGUCAUGAUCAUUCUUCUGGGUCUGGACACACAAUUUGUAGCCAUGGAGGUGGUGAUGACGUCCAUCAUUGACAUGUUUCCUACUGUGAUGCGCAGAGCAGGCAGACGAGAGGCUCUCCUUCUCCUCUUCUGCCUCACAUGUUUCUUCUCUCAGCUUGUCAUGAUUACUGAGGGAGGGAUGUAUGUGUUCCAGAUAUUUGACUACUAUGCCUGUAAUGGAGCCUGCAUCCUCUUCCUCUGUGUGUUUGAGACCCUGGCACUAGGAUGGAUAUUUGGAGCAGAUCGUUUGUAUGAAAUCAUAAAGGACAUGACAAAUGAGAACGCCAACCCAUUCUUCAAAAUUUGCUGGCUUUACCUCACACCCCUCGUCUCUUUGGGCUCUUUUAUUGGUUCAUUAGUUUGGUACCAGCCGUUAACCUUCAAUCGCUGGUAUGUGUAUCCCAACUGGGCGUAUGUUUUAGGCUGGAUAAUGGCCCUCUCCUCCAUUCUGCUUGUACCAGGAGUGGCACUGUAUAAACUGGGAACUGGGACUGGAGACCUCUAUCAGCCCGACAGAGAUGGCAUCUCUGGUCUGCAAGAGGGGUGUCUGAGAGCUGUGGUCUGCAGCCAGACUGUCUUGGAAUAUAGAGUGUGACUCAGCUCAGCACGACUUCAUCAUCAGUGCCAACCCCAUCCUGAUUACACACUGGCAAGGAGAAACAGAGAAACAGAGGUUCAACACAUUGAAGACGGAGAUCUGCAGCAUUUUGACGUCAG